AUGGAAGGAGAAAUCCAGCACAAAUGGGUGAAAACAAACGGUGUUAAGAUACACAUAGCAGAGCAACAAGGCACAGGAGGACCCCUUGUACUUCUGCUGCAUGGGUUUCCAGAAAUAUGGUACUCUUGGCGCCAUCAGAUUCCGUUUCUUGCUAACCAUGGUUAUCACGUUGUCGCCCCUGAUUUACGAGGCUAUGGCGACUCAGACUCGCCCAUCAGCCCCUCCUCUUACACCAUGCUACAUAUUGUUGCUGACCUUCUUGGCCUCUUGGACUACUUUGGUGAACCAACGGCUUUUGUUGUGGGAAUUGACUGGGGAGCUGCGGCAGCAUGGCACUUGAGCCUCUUCAGGCCUGAUAGAGUGAAAGGAGUGGUAUGUCUAUCUGUUCCCUACUUCCCCAGAGAUCCCAACACCAAGCCUACUGACUCUUUCCGACGAUCUUUUGGAGAAGACUUUUAUGCCUGUCAAUUCCAGGAGCCAGGAAGAGCCGAGACAGCAUUUGCAAGGUAUGACUAUCUGACAGUGAUGAAGAAAUACCUGCUAGUAGGGAGAAUAGACAAUUUGGUAGCACCUGAGGGAAUGGAGAUGAUAGACUAUCUACCGACCCCGUCAAUGUUACCACCAUGGAUCACUGAAGAAGAACUUCAGGUUUAUGCAGACAAGUUUCAGGAGUCUGGUUUCACCGGCCCUUUCAACUACUACCGCGCUAUGGACCUGAACUGGGAGCUGCUAGCGCCCUGGCAAGGAGCAAAGAUAACAGUUCCAGCGAAGUUCAUUAUCGGCAAAAAAGAUAUCGGUUUUGAAACUCUUGGAACAAGGGAAUACAUUGAAGGCUCCAUCUUCAGGGCCCUCGUCCCUGAUAUAAAAGUUGUCAUUCUUGACGGCCACCAUUUCAUCCAACUGGAAAAACCACAAGAAGUGUCGAAUGAGAUAUUAUCCUUUCUUCAAGAUAAUUCUUCAGACCAGUGACGCUCUUUUACUCUUAAAAGUCGAACUGCUAUGCGUUGGAGUAUAAAGUACUCUGUGAGUGCUGAAUUGGAGACUAUGUUCGACCAGUAUUCUGGACAUUCUUCCCACAGACACUGCAAGUAUAGGAAAGAUAAUAGCAUAUACUUUUAAAUUUUAGUGUUUCUGGGUCGGGACAAAAUGUACUUAGACAAUCUUAGCCAUGGUUCAGAUUUUGGCUUCCGGUUCAGAUGUACAUUUGCUUUCUAGAAGCUUGUUAUGAAAGGAUUUUUCAACUUCAGCUAA